AUGUCUGAUAUUACGAAUAGGCCAUCUGAUUCUGAUCGUUUCAGAGGCAGCGGUGGGAAAUACGACCGUUCGUCUUCGAAAACCAAAAGACAGAAUGGAUAUAACGCCAAGGUCAAGGAUAAGAAGCUGAAAGCAGGUUUAAAAAGAAUUGAUCAGCAAUAUAAAGAUGCAGUAUCUGAGGCAGUAGCUACGGAAUACCUGCUACCCGAAAGUAGUGGGUUUUUGGAGGCAGAAAAUGAAAUGGAAAAAACGUUCAAAGUCAAGCAGGACGAGAUUCGCGGUGCAGUGGAUUCAAGUACCGCUAAUAAGGCAUUGGAUUUGAAACUGCGAGAAUUUGGGCCUUAUUCACUCAAUUACUCUCGUAACGGUACCCAUCUUUUGAUUUGUGGGCGCAAGGGCCAUGUGGCUUCCAUGGACUGGCGUAAAGGACAGCUGCGAGCUGAAUUGAAUCUGAACGAAACUUGUAACGCUGCUACCUACCUGCAAAAUGAGCAGUUCUUUGCCGUGGCUCAAAAAAAAUACACUUUUAUUUACGACCAUGAAGGUGUAGAAUUGCAUAGACUCAAACAGCACAUCGAGGUCAAACAUAUGGAGUUUUUGCCGUACCACUACUUGCUGGCUACAGCAGGAGAAACUGGCUGGCUCAAAUACCAGGAUGUUACUACAGGACAGCUGCAGGCUGAACUAAGAACCAAAUUGGGACCCACAACUGCGAUGGCCCAAAAUCCCUGGAAUGCAGUAAUCAAUUUGGGUCAUAGCAACGGAACUGUAACGAUGUGGGCCCCCAACAUGCCCACGCCGUUGGCUAGACUCUUGUCUGCUCGUGGUCCAGUCACUGGCGUCGCCGUCGACCGUCAAGGCCGCUACAUGGCGACGACAGGUGCCGACAAAUCCAUGAAAAUCUGGGAUAUCAGAACCUUCCGUCAAUUGCAUACCAUAGAAAACCUACCUACACCUGGGUCUGGCGUUACUAUCUCUGAUACAGGACUACUUGCUCUUUCUAGAGGUCCUCAUGUUACGCUUUGGAAGGAUGCAUUUAGGUCAAGCAAGCUUGCAAGACCAUUUUUCGGUUCUAGCGGCCAAGUUGAACGCAAUACGCCCUACAUGACCAGUAUAUUUCCUGGAAAUAGGGUCACCAACAUGCAGUUUGUACCAUUCGAGGACCUUCUAGGUGUCGGGCAUCAAGAUGGUGUGCGUAAUCUAAUAAUACCUGGUGCUGGUGAGGCCAACUACGAUGCUUUGGAGUUGAAUCCAUUUGAAACCGCAAAGCAAAGACAGGAACAGGAAGUGAGAACUUUGUUGAAUAAACUGCCUGCUGACUCGAUUGCUUUGGAUCCAAAUGUUAUUGGUGCUGUCGAUAAACGUGCUUCUGCAGCACGACUCAAUGCUAAAGAUUUAGCUCUAGUCACAGAUCAAAAAGCUAACGAAUCUAAAACUAACCAAGAUAUACCACAAGCGGACCCUAGCGUUAAGGGCAAAAACUCAGGGCUGCGAUCAUUUUUGCGGAAAAAGACUCGAAAUGUUGUGGACGAAAGAAAACUAAGAGUUAAUGCUCUUUUGAGUAAAGAGAAAGAGGCCCGUCAACGUAACGAGAAGGUUAAAAGAGGUGAGAUUGAGGAAGGACACACAGAUCUUGUCAGUGAAGCAUUAAGUAGAUUUGGUUGA